AGAUUACUUAUCUGAUAAAGUAUAUACCAUUAUAAAAGAAAAAAGGAUUGAGAUCGAAAAUACACCAUUAGAUCAACCACUUCGUAAUGAUAUGUUGACGUCACAUAUAACUGCGAAUACACCACGUGAUAUUAACGCUGUGAAACAUGCCGACGUUGAUUUAUUAAGACCAAUGACUGAUAAAGAGAUUUAUGGCAAUAUACUCGACGCAUUACUCGGGGGUACUGAUACCACAGCGAAUUUUAUUUGCUUUGUUGCAUAUUAUCUUGGACAUUAUCCAGAAAUAAAACAACGAUUGAUACAAGAAUUUGAUAGAGUUCUUGGAAAUGACUUAACAAGACCAAUAACAAAUAAAGAUCUUAAUGAAUUAGAAUAUUGCGAUGCAGUUACCAAUGAAAUAUAUCGUCACUCCCCUAUGGUCUAUUUAAUUGGACGUGUAAGUUUUCAAAGCGACAAAGUUGGAGGAUACGAUUGGAAAGAAGGAACUACAUUUCAAAUGCUUGCUUCCGCAGUAUUGAAACAUAAAGAUUAUUGGACUGAACCUGAAAAGUUUGAUCCUGACAGAUUUUACAGAGUUGAAGAAAGUGAUAAAUAUUUACUCGAAAAGAAAAAAUUGAGAAAUACUUUUCCAAUGUUUGGAGGAGGAAUUAGAAUGUGUCCUGGAAGAAAAUUGGCAAUUAUAGAAUUAAAAUGUUUAUUAAUAUUAAUUUAUAGAAAAUAUGAUAUUGAAUUAGUUGAUAUGAAUGCUCCAUUAAAAUAUAGGUCUGAUUUUAUUAAUUGUUGUACAGAAUUAAAGGUUAGAAUUAAACCAAGAAAAUUUUAAAAAA